CAGACAGCUCACAGCUCAGUAUCAGUCUGGAGUUGAAAGGGUGUGUGUCAUACGGUGCUGUAUUGCGUAUAUUCUCAUAGAAAAGCUCGGGUUAUCGAUCAGAAUUCACAAAGAUGUCGUGUAAAAAUAACGGCCCGGGCUAUGCGACGCCACUUGCCGCCAUGUUGGGCCCCAGGGAGCGGCUCGUGUGGUUGCCUUGCAUCGCGACCUCCGCACAGCCUGACUACCUGGCGACCGUUGACGUGGACCCUGACAGCAGCACCUACUGCCAGGUGAUACACAGACUACACAUGCCACACACGGGCGACGAGCUGCACCACAUGGGAUGGAACACGUGUUCGUCCUGCCACGGCGACAAGACGUGUGUCAGGGACAAACUCGUCGUGCCGGCGUUGCGGUCUGGUCGCGUCUACAUCGUCGAUGUCAGCAACGAGACCAAGCCGACGAUGUUCAAGGUGCUGGAAGACGAUCUGAAGAAGCUGGACCUAUCGUAUCCCCACACCAGCCACUGCCUCCCCACGGGGGAAAUCAUGAUAUCCACCAUGGGGGACGGUGAGGGGAACGCUAAGGGGGCCUUUGCCACCUUCAACUCCAGGACCUUCGAGUCUACAGGCUUGUGGACCCAAGACAUGGUGCCUUUCGGGUACGAUUUUUGGUACCAGCCUGGUCACGACGUGCUCAUCUCCAGCGAGUGGGGCGCGCCCUCAGCUUUCUCCGGAGGCUUCAACCCCAGCGACGUCGCCGCUGGAAAGUUCGGCACACACCUGAACGUGUUCUCAUGGAGCAGCCGCAAGCUGCUGCAGCGUAUAGACCUGGGGCCUGAAGGAGUCAUGCCGCUCGAGAUCCGCUUCCUGCACGACCCCAACGCCACCGAAGGAUACGUAGGAUGCGCCCUCUACGCCAACGUCUUCAGGUUCUACCGGGAGGAGUCGGGGCAGUGGGCCGCCCACAAGGUGAUCAGCGUGCCGCCCAAGAAAGUCCAGGGAUGGGUCAUGGAGGACAUGCCCGGGGUGAUGACAGACAUCCUGGUAUCUCUGGACGACAAGUUCCUGUACUUCAGCAACUGGGUGCACGGCGACGUGCGGCAGUACGACAUCACCGACACCCGCAACCCCAAGCUCGUGGGGCAGCUGUUCCUGGGGGGCUCCAUAGUCAAGGGAGGUCAGUGUGGGGGUUACAUCGUUGGGGCGCCGCAGAUGCUGCAGCUCUCGCUGGACGGCACGCGCCUCUACGUCUCUACCUCCCUCUACUACGCCUGGGACUACCAGUUCUACCCAGAGACCAAGACGUUAGUGUUCUAUCUACCUGAGUACCAUUACUGA